AUGGCAACACCGACAGUAAUAAGAGCUCCGCUUGGGUUACCAUACCCUAUAACAAUUGACGAAUUAAUGAAACCAAUUGGUACAGAAAUGAACAAAGAUGAUCGUCUGCUUGCGUAUAAAUUCUGGUACGUCGUAGAAAUAGCUACAUCUCCGGAUGAACUUGAGGAUGAUAAUGAUAAUGAUAAUGAUAAUGAUCCAGAUGGCGAUGUAGAUAAGAAUACUAUCAAUGGAAAUAAUGUAACGAAUUUAACAAACCGCCCAUCAAUCGAACCAAUCUCACGAAACACAAUAACACAUGCCCAUAAAAAAAAGAAAAAGAAAACAGUAAGAGAAUCUAUAGAAUUUUUCGAUUGUCCAUAUGACGGUAUAUUGACUUCAUGGCUAGUCGAAAAAGGUGAUCAGAUCGUAGGUCCAAAUCAACCAUUAUGUGAAAUUCAAAGACCAUGUAACCAUGACGUCAUAUACGGUGGUCUUUGUACAUUAUGUGGUAAGGAAGUAGAUGAAAAUGAUAUUGAUGAUUUGAGUGGUCCUAAUUUAACCAUAUCGCAUACAGAUACAAAUUUGAAAAUCUCAACUAGAGAAGCUGUAGAUAUUGGUCAAUCUGUUAAGAAACGUCUUAGAGAUGAUAAAAAAUUGAUCCUUGUCGUGGAUUUAGAUCAAACUGUAAUACAUUGUGGUGUUGAUCCUACCAUCGGCGAAUGGAAACGAGAUCCAACAAAUCCAAAUUUUGAAACAUUGAAAGAUGUCAAAGAAUUCGCACUCGAAGAGGAACCAAUUCUCCCAUUAAUGUAUAUGGGUCCAAAACCACCUGCAAGGAAAUGUUGGUACUACGUUAAAGUUAGACCUGGUUUGAAAGACUUUUUCCAGAAAGUUGCACCUCUUUUCGAAAUGCAUAUAUAUACAAUGGCAACAAGAGCUUAUGCUUCCGAAAUUGCCAAGAUAAUUGAUCCCACGGGAGAUUUAUUUGGGAAUAGAAUUCUAUCCCGUGAUGAAAAUGGGUCAUUAACAACAAAAUCAUUAGAACGUUUGUUCCCUACUGAUCAAUCAAUGGUCAUAAUAAUCGAUGAUAGAGGUGACGUUUGGAAUUGGUCACCAAACUUAAUUAAGGUUAUCCCAUAUAAUUUUUUUGUAGGUGUAGGUGAUAUUAAUUCUAAUUUCUUACCAAAGCAGCAGGCAACGAUGUUACAACUAGGGAGACGUUCCUCAAGGGGGGAAAGUAAGGUAUCAACAAAGGAAAAUGAUGAUUUAUUAACUGACAUAAUGGAUACUGAAAAAGUAUUACAAAGGAAAAUCAAUGAAGAAGUAAAAAGACAAGAAGAGAAAUUGAAUCAUCAAUUAGCCACAAUAGAGGAACCACCUACCACUGCGGGCGAAAACAAAGAAGAAAUAUCAAAAAAAAUUGAAUAUUCUGCAUCAUUAGAAGUUCAACAAAAGAAUAGACCAUUAGCCACUUUACAGAAACAUUUCCAUGAUCAAAGAUUAUUAAUUGAUGAUGAUGAAGAAUUAUAUCAUUUGAAGGACACAUUAUCUAAAAUUCAUUCUAAAUAUUAUGAAAUGUUACAGAAAGCCAACGAAAACAAAGACAGUAUCGAACCUGAUAUCAAAUAUAUAAUGCCACAAAUGAAACAAACUGUACUUCAAGAUUGCCAUUUUGUCUUCUCUGGUCUCAUACCGUUAGGUACAAACAUUCAAAAAUCAGAUAUCGUCAUUUGGACAAAUAUGUUUGGUGCUCGAUCUACAGCAGAUAUUGAUGAAAAUACUACCCAUGUGAUUACAAAGACACCAGGUACAUAUAAGGCAAGAUUGGCAAAAUCUUACGAUCCAGACAUCAAGAUAGUUCAUCCAGAUUGGGUCUUUGAAUGCCUUAUGAGAUGGAAACACGUAGAAGAGAAACCAUAUGAGUUGCUCGUUGAACAACUGGUGUCUGAUAAGGAACUAGCUGAUUUUAACAGGAAACUAGAGAGGAGAAUCCAAUUGUCAGAAUUAAAGGACGAAGGUUUAUAUAACAAACUACCAGAUGGUAAUAUAGAUAUCAAUGAAGUGAACCUAUUUGCUGGAGGUACUUCAUGGUUAGAUGAAGACGAAGAAAUUUUCGAAGGCGAUGACGAUGAUGAUGAUGAUGAUGAUGAUGAUGAUGAUGAUGACGAAGAUGAAGACGAAGACAAUGAAGGAACUAAAACUAGUACAAGCGAAAAACCAAUGGACGAUUCUACAGCCGAAAAAGAUGCUAAAAAGAACACUAAGGAGGCACCUUCGGAAGGCGCUUCUGAUGAUGGUGAUGAUGAUGAAAGUGGAUCUGAAUUUGAAGAAGAGUUACUAAACAUGUUAGAUGAUUAA